ACACAGCGGAGGUGAUCCAGUCCCGGCUCAACGAGCAGGAGGGUCGGGAGGAGUUCUACGUUCACUAUGUGGGCUUCAACAGGAGGCUGGAUGAGUGGGUGGGGAAGACUCGCCUGGCUCUCACCAAGACUGUGAAAGACGCCGUGAGGAAGAGCACAGAGGUCGGAGGUGUUGGAGAUCUGGGCGAGCAGCCUGAGAGGAAGAUCACUCGCAACCAGAAGAGGAAGCACGACGAGAUCAACCACGUGCAGAAGACGUACGCAGAAAUGGACCCGACCACAGCAGCCCUGGAGAAGGAGCACGAGGCGAUCACCAAAGUCAAAUAUGUGGAUAAGAUCCAGAUCGGAAACUUUGAGAUCGACGCCUGGUACUUCUCCCCGUUCCCUGAAGACUACGGCAAACAGCCCAAGCUGUGGRUCUGCGAGUACUGCCUGAAGUACAUGAAGUACGAGAAGACCUUCAGGUUUCACCUGUCUCACUGUCAGUGGAGGCAGCCUCCAGGAAAAGAGAUUUACAGAAGAAGUAACAUCUCUGUGUUCGAGGUGGAUGGGCGGGACCACAAGAUCUACUGUCAGAAUCUUUGUCUAUUAGCCAAACUGUUUUUAGACCAUAAAACCCUUUAUUUUGACGUGGAGCCGUUCAUCUUCUACAUCCUGACUGAAGUCAACAAACAGGGMGCGCACAUCGUCGGCUACUUCUCUAAAGAGAAAGAGUCUCCAGAUGGGAACAACGUGGCGUGUAUUCUCACACUGCCACCGUACCAACGCCGAGGCUACGGGAAGUUCCUCAUAGCUUUCAGUUAUGAGCUGUCCAAGCUGGAGAACACAGUGGGUUCUCCAGAGAAGCCUCUGUCUGAUCUGGGCAAGCUGAGCUACAGGAGUUACUGGUCCUGGGUCCUCCUAGAGAUCCUGAGGGACUUCAGAGGAACACUGUCCAUCAAAGACCUUAG